AUGCGCGAACAAGGCCCGCCUGGCAGACAGCGUAUUGCUCCACACGCAGCGACCUCCAAUGACUUUCCCCCAGAAGGAACAAUCAACAGAAGUCUCGAGUUGGAACGCGUGGCGACGUUCAAAGACUACCUCCGUAUCUUCACUUACGCAACCACCUGGGAUAUCACCGUUUACAUCGUGGGCGUGCUGGCUGCGGUUUGCGCUGGAGUCACCACGCCCCUGAUGUCCGUCCUGUUUGGUCGAUUUGCCUCUAAAUUCACCGAUUUCGAAAGUGGAAACAAUACUCAAAACGGCGAAGCAUUCGGCGACGAUAUCGACCAGCUCUGUCUUUACGUCUUUGCCCUGUUUCUAGUUCGUUUCGUUCUCGGCGCCAUCCACAAGUUUGCCUUUCGAAUGAUUGGACUCCGACUUUCGGCCGCCAUCAGACUGCACUACCUUACUCAACUCUUGGGCCAGAGUGUCCAUGUUCUCGACUCUCUACCACCGGGGCAUGCCAUCGGCACAAUUACAGCCAGCAGCAAUACCCUUCAGCUUGGUGUCUCCGAGAAGCUCGGUAUCGUCGUCGAGUACACCUCUCUCAUCAUCGCCGGCCUCGUCGUCGCUCUCGUGUGGAACUGGGAAUUGGCACUCGUCACAAUGUCGGGAUUCGUGGCUAUCGUGUUGAUCGUAUCCACUCUAACCCCAAUGACUGUCAAAGGUCAAGCACGCCAGGCCAAGUCAGAGUCUCAAGCCGCAACUAUUGCCUCCGAAGCCUUUUCGAGUAUUCGAAUGAUCAUGGCUUGUAGUGCGCAACGACAGAUCGUGGAUAAGUAUGGCGUCCUUGUUGAGGAGGCGAGGAAGCACGCUCAAGCUACUAGUCCGCUCACAUCAGCCCAGUUCGCUCUGACUUUCUUUGGUGUCUUCGGAACCGUUGCUCUUACUUUCUGGUAUGGCACUCUGAUGUUCACAAAGAAUAGACUGGACAGCGUCGGGGUCAUCACGGUCGUUCUUCUGACGCUUACCACCAUCUUCUUUUCCUUGAAUCGUGUUUCGGAACCUAUUCAAGCUAUUGGAAAAGCGACGCUAGCCGCCUGCGAGUUCUUUUCCGUCAUCGAUACUCCUUUGCCCGUUCGAGGCUGGCUCAGGGAACCCGAAGUCUCUGCAGCCGAAGAUAUUGUUUUCGACAAGGUUACCUUCGCAUAUCCGAGCCGACCCCACAUCAAGACCCUAGACCAUCUGGACCUGCGCAUCAAGGCUGGCAAGAUUACUGCUAUUGUUGGUCCGUCGGGUUCAGGCAAGAGCACCAUCGUCGGCCUGAUUGAACGUUGGUACACCCUUAGACAGCAGCAUGCCAUCGCCAAGACGACACAGUAUGAGAGGGACAAGAACAAGAAGGCUCAGGAGGGCGAUGGCGACAAUGUUGAGCUGACCAUGAUCAAAGACCCAGAAAAUGAGCCCCCAGUCACCCUACAAGGAGAGGUCAGGACUUGUGGUCAUUUGUUGGAUGACAUCGACGUCGAGUGGUGGCGAUCCCACAUUGGACUUGUUCAACAGGAGCCCUUCUUGUUCAAUGACACAAUCUAUAACAAUGUUGCCCUUGGAUUGAUUGCUUCUCCGUUGGAUAGCGAACCAGAGGAGCGCAAGAGGCAGCUUGUUAAAGAUGCCUGCCAACAAGCAUUCGCUGAUGAAUUUAUCGACAAGCUCCCGCAUGGAUACGAUACGAAGAUCGGUGAUGCCGGCGCUCGAUUGUCCGGUGGCCAACGUCAACGCAUUGCCAUCGCACGAUCGAUCGUCAAGAAACCCUCCAUCCUCAUCCUCGACGAAGCCACCAGUGCGAUUGACGUUCGGGGUGAGCAAAUCGUGCAAGCCGCGCUCGACAAGGCAGCUAAAGGCCGAACAACUAUCAUUAUUGCGCACCGACUCUCAACCAUUAAGAAUGCUGAUCAUAUUGUCGUUCUUAGCAGGGGCAGGGUCGUUGAGUCAGGCACACAUGAGACUCUAGUAUCUGUCGAGGGCGGAGUUUAUUCUAGACUGGUCUGCACUCAAGCCAUUUCUCUUAAAGACUCAGCACAAGAGGGUAUCGAGUCUGAAUUUGAGACUGAGGUUGCUGGCAUCCUGACCCAUGAAACGACACGACUAGAUUCCGAGUACGGUGGUUCUGUCGGCGAGUAUGACAAAAAGGGGCACAGACGCAGUCGUGGCUUCUUCGGAAGUUUUGGCCGGUUUUUCUACGAGUCCAAGACGCACUGGGGGAUCAUCGCUUUCUCCAUCGUCACGUCCGCCGCGGCCGGCACAGCUCAGCCGUUGUACGCUUGGCUCUUUUCCAGGUCCAUUGACCUUUUCAAAUACCAGGACAACCACUCUCGGCUUAUGACCGAGGUGGAUUUCCUGGCCGGUAUGUGGACUGUCUUUGCGGUUUCGGCGGCUAUCGUGUACUUCCUGACCUUCACCUCCGCGGGCCGUGUGGCGUCUUUCAUCCGGGCAAAGUACCAAACACAGUAUUUCGAGUCACUUAUUUUUCAGCGAGCAGCGUACUUCGACGAGGAUGGCCACUCACAUGGUACAUUGGUUUCACGAGUCAGAGACGACCCAUCGAAGCUUGAGCAGAUGCUGGGGACCAAUAUCGCCCAAGUCUGUAUUGCAAUUGGUAACAUCAUCGGUGGCGUUGUCAUGGCUCUAUCUUACAACUGGAGGCUGGCACUUGUCUCGAUGGGUGCUGUGAUGCCAGUGUGCAUCUUCUCGGGCUACAUUCGAUUUCGAUAUGAGCUAUUGUUUGAGAAGAUGAACGAUGCGGUUUUCGCCGAGAGCUCUCAAUUUGCUUCCGAAGCAGUUGGCGCGUUCCGUACAGUGACAUCUCUAAACCUGGAAGGCUCAAUCUUAAGUCGUUUCGAGAAGCUUUGCAAUGACCAUGUCCUUGCUGCAUUCAAGAAAGCACGUUGGGUCAGUAUCAUUCUUGGAUUCGCUGACAGUGCGACUUUAGGCUGUCAGGCGCUCAUCUUUUACUACGGUGGCCGACUUCUCGAGCACGGAGAGAUUGGUAUCUUGGGGUUUUUCGUGUGCUUGAUGGCAAUGAUGAAUGCUGCGGAAGGGUUUGGCCAAAGUCUGAGUUUCGGUCCCAACGCUGCCCAAGCGACGGCUGCAUCAAACCGCAUGCUCGACGCAAGAGAAACGCGCUUGAGGGAGCAACCCGAAAAGAACGAUAUUCCUGACACAGAAGGUGGCAUCAAAAUUGAGUUUCGUGACGUUCGGCUAAGGUAUCCGUCUCGAAAGAUGCCCGUCCUCGACGCACUGAACAUGACUAUCGAGAAAGGACAGUUCGCAGCUCUAGUUGGGUCGUCAGGCUGCGGCAAGACAAGCGUUAUAUCCCUACUGGAGAGAUUCUAUGUGCCAGAGAAGGGUCAGAUCCUUUUCAAUGGGAAGGAUAUCUCGGAUGUCGACGUUGACACCUAUCGCAAGCACCUGUCUCUGGUAGCACAAGAGCCUCUUCUCGUCCAAGGUCAGCACUCUUCCCACUCCCAACUAUAUUCUUCAGCACUGACUCCUACAGGCACGAUUCGAGACAAUGUUCUUCUCGGUAUUGACCCCAGCACGAUCACAGAGGAGCAACUCCAUACCGCAUGUCGUGAUGCCUUGAUUCAUGACUUCGCCGAGUCCCUUCCUGAAGGCUACAAUACCGACAUCGGGUCCCGUGGCGUCGCUCUCUCCGGCGGACAGAAGCAGCGCAUUUCUAUAGCUCGGGCUCUUAUUCGCAACCCAAAGGUCCUCCUUCUCGAUGAAGCCACUAGCUCUCUUGAUUCAGAGAACGAGAAGCUCGUCCAAGCAGCCUUUGAGCGGGCGGCGAAAGGUAGAACCAUGAUAGCGGUCGCGCAUCGGCUUGCCACAGUUCAAAACGCGGAUGUUAUAUUUGUCUUGGGCGAGGGCGGUCGUCUAUUGGAGAAGGGAAGUCAUACAGAGCUUAUCAGGAAGAGGGGCGUAUAUCACCAGAUGUGCCAAAGUCAGGCUCUUGCGACGAUGGUAUUGCCAAAAACCUAA